ACAAAAGAAGAGAAGCAGGAGGAGGUGGAGGAGACCAAAGAAGAGAGGAUGGAAGUUGAAGAAAAACAGGGACAGUCAUAUCGUUUGGAGGUUCAGAUGGAAAACACUCGGAAUGACAUUACCAGGUCAGAGUCAGAAAGCAGUGAGAAAGAGAUACAAGAUGAGAACGCAAAGACUGAGGAGACACAGGAGAAGGUAGAAAUGGUCGAGGAAGAGAAAAAGAAGGUUGAGGAAAUGCAGCACAUUAAUCAUGUUGAGGAUGACAGAAGGGACAAAGAGGAAGAAGAAACCCUUAAAUGUUUAAAUAAACGUUGUCCUCAAGCUACUGACGAUGAAUCUGUGAGAGACAGAGAUGAAAAUAUCUCUGAGGAUGGAUCAAGUUCAGAAGAUGAAGGCACAGUCCAAACAGGAGAUCAAAUAUUACCAGGCAGGACAGGAGAGAUUCAGAAAAUACCUUCUGAGGGAACCAAGAGAGAUAGAAUACGACAGGAAGACGAUGGUUUGGAAGUUGAUCAGAAAGAAGACAUUGAUCUGCCAUAUUCAGGUGAGAAUGGCCAGCAUGGUCCGCCUAAUGAAAUUUCACUUGGUCAGACAGCUGAGAACAGAGAAGAUGAUCAAUUGUAUCCAGGUGAGGCAAAAAACACUGAGUUCUCUGAUGACAAAGUGCUCCAUCCGGGGAAUAAUACUCAGCCCAAAGAUACUGAAAUUAGCAGCAAUGGGAUUUCCACUGCCAAGAAACCAGAGCAAAUACACUCUAAUCAUAAGACAGACACAGAGGAGGACGUUGAUGUGAGAAAGAAUGAGAACACUGAUUCGCAGAUGAAGAAUAAUGAUAAUAAUACAACUGGUAGUAAAUCCUGGAGAGAGGGAGGAUGGGAGCUUUCAGCUACACCUAAUGAAUCUGUUGAGAGCCAGGCUGUGAUAUCUGAACAAACUGUGCCACGUGGGUCUAAAGAUCCUGCUGGAUCUUCACUUCCGUCUGAUGAUCGCAAUAAAAGAACAGCAGAGAGUGAAAAUGGAGGAGCUUUUGGUCUUUUCAAAAAUGCCUUUAGCUUUUUUAGCCAAACACCUGUCACCGAAACAAAGGAUUCCAUUGAUUCUGCCCUGAGCUUGGAUACUAAUACGGGCGAGACUUCUCAGCCACAAGCCCCUCUGACCCCUGAACAAGAACUGGACUCCACAACUGAUUCAAGUCAGGCUUAUAAACAAGAUUUGCACAAAGACUCUUCUGUUACCAUGCCCACAGACCAGCCACAGCAUUCUCCUUCCUGUGCCGAAAUCCAGACAUCAACUCUAUCCAAUUGUCAUCCCCAUACUCCGUCUCCAAACACAGACACCCCCCUCCAAACAAAAACCCUCUCUAAGUACUACAGAAACCUCCCCACCUAUAUGAGUAUGGAUGAGACGACUAUUUUGAUGGAGCUCUUUGGGCGACACAAGCUGCAGUUUCUGGAUUACAUGUUUGGAAGCUCAGAAACUGUGACUGAAGAUCAUGAUAAUGAUGAAUCUAUAUUGUCAGAUAUAGAAAGACUUAUGCAUUAUCACAUGGAUGCACUGGUUGCUCCUAGCGUGAGCUUUGCAGGUGCACCACAGGAGGACAAGGAAAGGACUAGAACGCUCAUUGCUCUGCAGAAACUAGAAAUGCUGAUUACAAGAGUGAGAGAGACAUUCAACGCAGGAAAAUCUGACUCUAGUAAAGGAAACUAUCAAGAUAACAAAAUCCAGAGAGAUGAAAGAAUGGAUGUGGCGAAUGAUGGACAAAAGCGUGGGAAAGGGAGGGAAACUGCGGAUGAGAAAAGAGAAGAGAAGGACCAAGGAAGUGAAGAAGAGAGAGUGCCCCCUGCAUCCCGUCCUCACAAUCAGCCAGGAUCACCACAGCCAGUGGAAGGUGUAAUGAAGCAAAUUCUGGACUUCGUUCAUCAGAUCACUGAAGACUCAACCACUCACGUUCAUGCAGCGAGGGAGCUCCUCAUACGGAUUACUGAACAGGUUGUAUCGUCGCUGCCUGAUGACAUCAGACCCGGGCCCGACCUGUACGGGGUGCCAUGGGAACCAGUCAUCAUCUCUAGUCUGGUGGGGCUGGUGACAGUGCUGUUGUUCACCUGUAGAUGUUAUAGUUCUGUGAAAAGCAGAAUGUAUCGAAGUAAAGAGCGUUGGAUGGCUGAACAGGUUGCACAGUUGCUGGAUGAGAAGUGUAAAGUCCUUGAGACUCUCAGUAAAUGUCAACAAGAGUAUGAUGACCUGGAGGAUUCAUUGAGGGACAAUGGUGUCUUGGCCCAAACUCAAAAGACAAAACAUCUGGAGGUCAAAGCCAGACAGUUGGAACAUGCUAAAAAGGAGCUGGAGAGGGAUCUUGAACAACUGAAGGAUCAACUGGACCAGCAGAAAGAACACAGGAUAGAGCAAGAGAGGAGGAUAGCACUGCUUGAAGAGAGCAUGAAAACAUUUGAAGAAGAAACCAAAGACCUCCAGUCGCAGGAAGAGCAGGCACAAACUACUCUGAAAGUGUACAGUAUGAACAGUGACAGACUACAGAGGAACCUGGAAGCAGCUGGAGAGGAGAAUACACUGCUACAGGAGAGCAAUGCUCAGUUGAGGCUGCAGGUGGAGGGAUGGGCAGAAAGAGUGAGUGAGUUGGAGGCAGAGAUGCGGAGGCGUGAGGUUGCCUACAGUGGGAUGCAGCAGGAUGUGGCCAAUAAGGAUGAGCGUAUAAUGUCCUUGACAGACCGCUUGCUGAGCAUGAAAGCUUGGGAUUCAGAUCUGGAGGAAGAAGAAGGUGAAGAGGGAACAGAGAGGGAGACAUCUAAUGGGGCACGAGGAAAAGAAGAGAAGAAUGGAAGAGGGGACAUAACAGACCCCCAAGGGCAUUUCCAGAAAGUCCAGAAACUCAUUUAUGCUGCAAAGCUGAAUGCAGACCUCAAAUCAGUAGAUGAAGACAAGGACAGAGUAUUUGCCAAACUGAAUGAUGAAGUCAAGGCUAAAGAAGACCUCCAAAUGAGCAUUAAGGAGCUGGAGAAUGAGAAAUUAUCUCUGCAGUCAGAUGCUGAGCACUACUCGGAUCAGGGGCAACGAUUACAACAGAAACUCCAGAUUAUGACAGAAAUGUACCAGGAGAAUGAGCUCAAGCUGCACAGACUGCUGACAGUAGAGGAGAAGGAGCGCCUGCAGAAGGAAGAGAAGUUAAAUAAAGCGGACAAAAACAUUGCAUUGGCCAUGGAAGAACUCAACAACUACAGACAACGAGCAGAUGAGAUGGAGGAAGAGCUGGAGAAAACCAAACAGUCUUACCAGACCCAAAUAUCAGCGCAUGAGAGGAAGGCUCACAAUAACUGGCUCGCAGCCCGAGCAGCAGAUAGAGAACUAGCCGACAUCAGGAGAGAGAACGCCCUCCUAAGACAGAAGCUGACAGACACACAGUUUAAACUAGACGCCCUUGACAAAGAUCCAUACACCUUGGACAGUGUUGCUAGACCACUGCCUUUCAGAGCUGAAAGGUCACCGUAUGGUCCUUCUCCUCUGGGUCGACCAGCAUCUGAAACCAGAGCUUUUCUGUCUCCACCUACAUUAAUGGAUGGACCACCUGCUAGAUUGUCUCCUAGAGUGUGUCGUGGUCCCGUGGAGCCCCCAGGUGGCCAAGGGGAGAUGGAGCGGAGUGGAGGUCCUCAUUCAGACAGUGGCUCAAUCUCUCCUACAUGGGAGAGAGAUCGCAGGGGACCUCUGCCAGGACCCCCUGGGCCCUCUGGGCCCCCAGGGCCCCUAGGACCUCCAGGCUAUAUGUUUCCAGAACCAGGAGGUCCCAUGUACAGGAGACCUCCACCUCCUCCAGGAGCUUCGGGUCUUUUGCCUCCUCCUGGUCCCCUCCCACUUGGUCCCCCUCUUCCCCAUCCAAGGGGUUUCCUUUCUGCUGGUCCGCUAGGACCUCCCCACCCUUCAGACAUGGCAGAUGGCACAUACAGAGAAAACAGCCUUGGACCUGGUGAACAGGAACACAGAGAGUCUGGUCAUGGUGAUCGAAGGACUCCCCCUGAAGUAGAUCCAAGGAUGGCGGGCCCAUCCCCUCCUGGACCCUCAGUUGGCCCCAUGGACGGUCCCUUUCCACGUAGAGCCCCCUAUGGACCCCCUCCUCCUGAUUUCUACCCUCCCAGGGGACCGGGGGGCCCUCCCAUGAUGCCUAUGUGGGGCCCUCCGCCUCCAGGGAUGAUGUUCCCUCCUCGUUUCCCUCCCGGUGGACCUCCAGUUCCUCAUCCUCACUAUGCUCCCCCCAUGCAGCCCCUUCCACCUGACAUGGGUCCUCCUCCUCCUCCUCAGCAGUCCUUCCCCUCCCCACCACACAGCCAGUCACCAGAGGAGCACAGACCCUCACCUGAAGACACCAUUUGAUCCUAACCAGGUCUCUACUUGAGCUGUUAGAUGACGCAUUUCUGGUGGUGGAUGUAUGGCAAGCAGGUUGCGGUUUUCCACUCUUAUGUUUUCUGUAACAUCUAUUUAUUAACCAGGAGGACAUGUUUAAUGUAUAGUGUUAGCAGACAGGAAACAUCAGCCUUCCUUAGCCUUUUUGUUGCUGUCUGUCUGCUUCGACAUUGUCUUUUUCCUCCAGUCACGUUCUUUUUUUUCUCCCUUUCUUCUGCCUUAUUUCUCUUUGUUAUUCUCGCUCUCUGCCCCAUCAUCAUCCAGUUACAUUCCCUGGGAGGUAGUUCCUGUCAUUGUGGAGCCAUGGUGACAGCAAUUAGGCUCUUGCUCACUUGCAUAUUUUCACAGGCAGCUCUACGUGUCUGAGGGAAUUUUGCCACGUGAAAAAGAAACAGCGGCUUGUGUGCUUGACAAUGCCAGAGAGGUUUUUAAUGCGACUCAGAUUGAAAUGUGUGCAUGUAGAAAUGCUGUAUGUGGCAGAUAUUGGACUGUUUUAGGUAUGAAAUUAAUUUCAUCCCAAUGGCCCAGAUAGCUCACAAUCAUUUAGAUCUCUCUAUAAGGGAAGAAAUGCAUCUUUGCUGGCCUAAUCAAGUUUAUUUUGUUAUACCAACCUUCUUUUCAUUGUCACCAUAAUUUUAAAAAAAUAGCCAUUUAGCAUCUGUGUUUUUUGUUGACCUGGAUUCAUAUACACUUAAAUUAGAUUACACAAGAUCUUAUUUUCUCUGUGAUUUACCUGAGGUGAAGUGCAUAACUUAAUUUCACUGACUUCCCUGUGGGAUUUGGAGGAUUCAGAGCAGCAGAUAAACAGUGCUUUUGAUCUUGUUACAACAACUUACAUAAAGCCCAUACUUGAAAAAAGUGGCUUAUAGAAGACACUAGUGUUUUGUCAAAUUAAGUUGUCACUGAUCCUGACAGUCACAGAUUGGUUAAUUAAAUGGACUGACUGGAAGAGAGGCUACCUUCAGAGCCAGAAAGAUAACACCAAUGUGAAUUUUGUAAAAAGUGAUUAUUAAUAGAUGAAUAAAGACUGUCAAAUUGUCAAUGCCUCCAUAUUUCACUAAUGUAUUGUAUUAAUAUUCCGUUUAAUUUUUGCAUGGCUGUUAUGAGUAACAAAACAUUGGAAUGUAAUGGGAAAAUCAGGUUUUCAUUGAACAGUGUUUUAUACUUAAUCUUUUAAGUAUAAUACUUAAAACAGUUAUGUUUAAUACUGUGCAUAGACAUGCAUUGGAAAUGCUUUAAUUAUGUUAAAUCAGUAACUGCAAAUCCUCUCAGUAUACUUUCAAAUAUACACUUUAAAUUAUUGUAAGCUAAAUUGUACAGCACAAUGCAUAUGUAAUGAUACAGUACCUAAUCAAACUACGGUGUCGUUUCAGACAUUUAUAAAAUAUUUCUUUGAAAGUGAACAGAAAAUUCCUAAAGUAAAUGCAAGUAUGCAGUUUGAAUUAAAAGACUUGUAAACUGUAUAAUCUUGUUUCAUUUUACAUGUAACUCCUGGUAAAUUUUUUUCAAUUUUUUUAUCAGCAUAGAAUAAAGAAUGGUGUGGACA